GCCCUGCUCCUUCCUUCUCAGGCCUGGUCCGGGAGCAGGAGGCUGGGCUGCUGCAGUUCCUCCGCCUGGACGGCUUCUCAGUGUUGAUGCGGGCCAUGCAGCAGCAGGUGCAGAAGCUUAAGGUCAAGUCAGCAUUUCUGUUGCAGAACCUGCUGGUGGGCCACCCUGAACACAAAGGGACCCUGUGCUCCAUGGGGAUGGUCCAGCAGCUGGUGGCCCUUGUGCGGACAGAACACAGUCCCUUCCAUGAGCACGUGCUUGGAGCCCUUUGCAGCUUGGUGACAGACUUCCCCCAGGGCGUGCGUGAGUGUCGGGAGCCUGAGCUGGGUCUGGAGGAGCUCCUCCGCCACCGCUGCCAGUUGUUGCAGGAGCAUGAAGAGUACCAGGAGGAGCUGGAGUUCUGCGAAAAGCUGCUACAGACCUGUUUCUCCAGCCCGACGGAUGACAGCAUGGAUCGGUGAAACCUAGUGACUUUUUGCCCUCCUCUCCGUGGGAACCCGUCCUCCUGCCUCCCUCCCCACCCACAAGGUCCUUUCCCAAGGGAUCACACAGUCUUAUUGGUGCCUGCACCCUGGGCAUGCCAGCCCACCUUUGUGCAGACCCCUGGAGGGGGUGCUGAGAAAGGCACCAGCUUUGGACCCCACCUCUCACACUCUCACACUUAUCCCCCUUCUCAUUUCCACACUGCUCUUCCAAUAAAGGUGUUUCUCCUCCACCUCCUUCUUCACUGCUGCCUCUGUCACCUCCUCUGGAAGGUGCAUGAAGGGCAGGAGAGGCACAAGCUUAGGGUACUUGGGGAGCCACUGGAGGAAUAAUAAAAGUGUUGCUCUUUAUCAUCCACAAA